CACACCGGCGUCAUCUUCCUCUUCCACCAAAAACCCUCGUUCCCAAUUAAACACCGGCGUCUUCCUCCCCAUCCAUCGACAAUCGCCCACUCCAUAACCUUAAAGAUGCAAACAAGGUCGUCUUCUGCCCGAUUGAAUGACACAAAAAGGCAGACGCGUCGAAGUGGUGGACUGCCGAUGACGUCAAGCUCGAAAAAUCAGGGAAAGCAAGCUAUGGGACAGACUUCGACGAAGGUUGGGCUCAAGACUGAGAAGCAUGCGAGGGGAAAGAAAGUUGACAGUAUGAUGAGAAAGAAUGUCAGUGGAAAGAAUCUGAGAGGAAAUCAGGCAGACGGUCAUGCGAGGGAAAUAUCGUGGGACGAUAUGGAUCCCGAUUACGCCGAUUACAUACGACAGUUGCCGGAAUCUCGCGAGGACAGCGAAGUUGAUGACCCAAUCAAUGUUGAUUAAGAGAAAGAUGUAAGUAUUUUGAUGAGACUUGAUGUUGGACUUGUGCGCUGGGCACUUUUUUUU